AUGACUUCUGUUCCGGCUACAAAUCCUUUUCUCAGUCACAGAGGAGCUUCUCUUCUUGCUCCAGCAAAUCGAAUUGCAACUCACAUUUCUUCUGCAUUCAAAAGUCUUUAUUCUGAAGAAAACCCCGAUGGGCACAUUAGUUUAGGAGUGGCAGAGAAUUGGUUGAUGCAGGAAUGGUUGACCAAAUACUUCAACUCGCAGUUUGAGCUCGUGCCAGAGGAUUUACAUUAUCAAUCUGUCUUUGGACCAAAUUCAUUCAAACUUGUUCUUCAAGACCUUUUAAACAAAUACUUUCACCCUUCAAUUCCAGUAAAAUCCGAGCAUCUAGUUACUGGCAUAGGUGUAACAGCUGUCCUCGAACAACUACUUUAUUCAUUAUGCGACGCAAAUGACCGAGUUCUCCUUGCAAAGCCAUACUACGCCGGAUUUGACAAGAUAGCCAAACAAAAGCUUGGAAUCGUCUUAGUGGGAGUGGAUGUUCCCGAGGGAAUCGAUCCAAGCUCAGAAACAGCUCUGGAGUCUUUCGAAUCGGCUUAUCAAGAAACAGCGCUGGAGUCUUUCGAAUUGUCUUAUCGAGCCUUGGAGUCUCAAAGUCUGCGGGAUAGUGUGAAAUGUGUACUACUCUGCAACCCGAGUAAUCCAUUAGGCUUUUGUUACUCGAGAAAAGCUUUGAUUGAAUAUUUGAAAUUUUGUGAAAGAUAUAAUCUUCACCUAAUUGUGGACGAAAUCUAUGCUUUCUCAGUCUUCAAUCCUAAAACAAAUCUAUCACUUGAAGAAACCUUAGAAAAUCAAACUCUAACAGAAACAACUCGGGAAUUUGUAUCGGUUUUGACAAUCGAUUGUCUAGAAGAAGCGGGCUGUGAUCCAGGAAGGUUACAUGUUUAUGCCUUCAAAUUGCUACACAGAGCCGGACUUUUAAUAUCUCAACAUAACAAGGAGGUUAUAAAUUCGGUCCAAUCAACAGCAAAUUUGAUGCAAAUACCACGUUCUACAGAGGUAUUAUUGGAAAAACUUUUAGGAAAUCCUACAACAUUGGAUUGGUAUCUUAAGGAAUACGUAGGUGAAAGUAUCAGUAGACUUAAUCCAUAUGGGUAUUUAUUCACUCGAUCAAAACCUAAAACUAAACUACAGGAUGCAUAUGAAUACUCUACGAAAAGAUUGGAUGCACUGAAGAUAGAAUAUCUAAACUCGUGUGCUGGACACUACAUCGUCGUUGAUCUUCGGAGAUGGCUACCUGAGAAGACCCCGAAUGGCAUAGUUCUUGGAACGCCAAUUGAAAGGGAAGAAGCCUUGUUUUUGACACUUUUGAAAGAUUUUGGUCUAUAUCUGUUUAACUUGAAGUUGGACUUUGGUCAAGUUCAAGAGCGGUCACAACUGAUACGAACCACUGAAGAUAUCCGAGGAACGUUACAGGCAAACGUAACAUCCAUCGAAACGACUGCCUCGCCUUUGUAUGUAGUAAACUCCAAUGGGUUCAUGAGUUCUUUGAAAACUUUCAACUCUGAAAGUCGGCGUAUGAACACUCAACUUCAAGUGACGCCAGGUCAUCAUCAUCGUCACCCUUCCAACGAACCACUCUACAUCGUCAAUUUUGUGUAG